AUGGAUGCAUUUAUAAUUCGUUCAACUGACAGCACUUCAGUGAGUGAAAUACCAAAGAAAAAAGCUAAAUUAAAUAUCAGACGUCAAUAUCAUGAAGAUUACUUAAACAUAGGAUUUUCUUGGUCCGGAAAUGUAGAUGAUCCUCGUCCAGGGUGUCUUGUAUGUGGCGAAAAAUUAUCCAACGAAUCAAUGGUUCCAAGUAAACUUAAACGACAUUUUUCCACCAAGCAUUCUCAUUUGGCUGAUAAAGAUUCAUAUUUUCAAUGUUUACUAGAAUCAGAAACACGACAAUCUAAAAAAAUGACAAAAAUGGUAACCAUUUCUGAUAAAACUCAAGAAGCUAGUUAUCUAGUAGCAGAGCUUGUAGCUAAACAAAUGAAACCUCACACUAUAGCAGAAAAACUUAUUUUACCUGCUUGCUGUGAAAUUUUAAAAGCACUUUUUGGUGAAGAAGCUGAAAAAGAAGUAUUGAAAAUUCCUAUAUCUGACAACACCAUCAGUAGGCGUAUAGAGCACAUGUCUGAAGAUAUUGAAGAACAAGUAUUGCAACAAUCUCGUGACUCUCCAUUUUUUUCAUUACAACUAGAUGAGUCAACUGACAUGAGUGGACAAGCACAACUUUUGGUUUUUAUACGCAUAGUUGCCAACGAAGACAUCGUGGAAAACUUUUUGUGUUGUAAAACACUUCCAGAGACAACCAAAGGUGAAGACAUUUUCGGAAUCGUGGACCAUUAUAUAAAAUUUGCCAAUUUACCAUGGGAUAAAUGUAUUGGAAGAAGCCCUUGUGGCAAAAACGUUGGUAGGUGA